AUGAGCGAGUGCUCAGUCUGGAGACGUCCUGGGACCUUGACCCGAACUCUCCUCAAUGCAGGUGUUAAAGUGGUAGCUCUAGAAAGUAACUCAGCUUUUCUUCCAAAUUUACAGUCCCUAGAGAAUAGCCUGGAUGGACAAUUAAAGGUAAUUUAUGGUGACUUCUUCAGACUGGAUCCUUUGGUGACUGGAACUCUGAAACCACCUGCUAUGUGUUCUGACAAACUUUUUGAAACCAUGGGUGUAGCAGCAGUUCCUUGGAGGGCAGACGUACCUGUGAAAAUUUUUGGAAUCUUACCACAAAAAAAGGAAAGGAACACACUUUGGAGGCUUCUUUUUGCCCUGUAUGAAUGCAGUUCCAUAUACAGAUACGGAAGAGUAGAACUCAACAUCUUUAUAAGUGAAAAGGAGUACAAGGUAUUAACAGCAAAGCCUGGGGAUGUGAGGGCUUACCAGGCACUUACUGUACUUUGGCAAGUAGGAUGUGAAAUUCAGCUACUGCACAUGGAACCUUGGUCUUCAUUUGUAACUAAUUUGAAAAAUGGGGGACUGGCGGUACCAAAAAGCAUGUGGCUGCAAAAUGACCAUUUAUGUUUGGUACGACUGACUCCUCAGCAAAAUCUAUUUACAGGAGGCUUGAAUCCCACAAAUUCAGCUACCUUUAUUUUCAUGGUGAAACAGUGUCUUGCUAAACCCAAGUCUAGACUUACUGAUAGAUUAAAUUCAUGGAGCUUGGACAAUGGUGGCAAAUUACUGAGAGAGCUAGAAAUUCCAAAAAAUGCUGAAACGCGUAACUUAUACCCAGAAGACUAUAGGCGUCUUUUUGAGGCUUUGCAAAACUCUAAUAUGUUCACUGAAACCUGGUUCCAUGAUGAAGUCUUGGAAAGUAUAAGGAACAUAAACUUAUAAAUCUAAAGCUGCUGUCUUUUGGAAGAUCACCUUUGCUUCUGGAAGAUUACUCUGAUGAGAAAUGAUUUAAAUAAAAUCGGAGAUACUGUUAGCUAGAUGAUUUCCUGUCCAAACAGGAAAAUAAAUUUAGCAAGUAGUAAGAGGCCUUCUGCACUGGAUGAAAGUAACGGAUUUACAGUUAUUUGAUCACAAUCCUAUCUAGAAUGGACAAACUUUGCAUCUUUUCCAGGAGCAUAUUAGUGACCUGCUGCUUUUGGAUGUACCACUUAAACAGAACUUUUUGUUACACUGCUGUAUAUUUACAACAUUUGAAAAAAUAACAGACCAAAUACCAUUAUUUCUGUGGUUUGCAUUUAGUGCUCAGUGAUUUGAAUGCCUUUUCACAAAUUCCCAAAAUACACAGGUCUUUACAACCACUGAAUCUGUUAUAUUGUCUCUUGAUCUAAAAACCUUGCAGUCAAAAGUCAAUAAAUCGGUAGGGGUGGGUUAAUAGAAGACAAGGUAAUGACAGCACGAUAAAACAUCACCUGAGAGUUGGUUGGUUGGUUUUUUUUUUUAACCUAAAGAUUGUUAUGUCUCUGGGGGAAAAGGUUGUAACAAUUGUUUCUUUUGAAAAUUUGAAAAGAACUCUGGACAGCCUGUUCUAGUUUACAAUAUGCAAACACUUACAUGUGUAUAGGCUUUAUCUUAUUUUAAGUCUAAAACAAAGUCAUCAGAACAUUCAGUGCUUUAUAAACAGUUUUGGGGAAAAAAAAACCAUCUUACCUGCAACCUUCACGAGUAUGUAUUUGUUUAAUGCAUAUUAUAGGUACAAAAUAACUUACGUCAAAACCAUAUGCUGUUAAAAUUAUCUUUUUAGCCAUAAUACUCCAUAAUGCAACCUGU